CCGGAGAAGAGACGGAAAUGUUUAAAUAGCGCCUGCUGCAUCCCGCAGCGCUCGGCUCUGUUGCAGUCAUUAUCUAGGGAGCGGAUGCACAGGGCUCUAUGGGGACCGCUAAUGGGCCGAUUCAAUUUCAGCUGGAUGACGCCACUUAGGACUUUUAGAUGUGCCCUGAUGCUGCAGGUUCCCCCAGCUCCUGGCGAUGCAGCUCUCUUCCAGCGUGGCUGAACUCAGCUGUGACGAGACGAUGGAACCCCCGGUUGAGGACUUCCAGCAGGUCCUGUCCAUCGACCAAAUCCGCUCCAUCCGUGCCAGCAACAACUACGUGGAGAGGCCAGCCACCUGCUUCCAGCAAGCCCACUCCAACCCGUCCCUCUCGCAACCACCGCACAAGCAGGAGUGGACUCAGGACCGCCUGGCAUCCUCCACGCUGCAGGACCUGCACCGCAGCCACAGCCAGCAGCCCCACAUGCCGCCUUUGCAGCAAGCCAUGAGCCACUCCAGCACAGCCAGCUCCGUGUCCCAGAGCACCACAGCCUCCGAGCAGCGCCUGCUCAGCGCCCUGACGCCGUCCCACUCGGGCCACUCGCUCAUCCGGAUGCAGCCCAGGGCCGGCGAGCUGAAAGCGGAGGAAUCUCCCUUGAAAGGGGCGGCGGAGAAGGGCAGCCUGCACGGCGGGCACCUCUUCGUCUGCGAGGAGUGCGGGCGCUGCAAGUGUGCCCGCUGCACGGCCGCCCGUGGCCUGCCCUCCUGCUGGCUGUGCAAUCAGCGCUGCCUCUGCUCCCCAGAGAGCCUCCUCGACUACGGGACUUGUCUCUGCUGCGUCAAGGGCCUCUUCUACCACUGCUCCAGCGAUGACGAGGACACCUGCGCUGAUGACCCGUGCUCCUGCGGGCCGGGCUCCUGCUGCGCCCGCUGGGCUGCCAUGAGCUUCCUCUCCCUCCUCAUGCCCUGCCUCUGCUGCUACUUUCCCACCUUGGGGUGCCUCAAGCUUUGCCAGCGGGGUUACGAUGGCCUGAAACGCCCUGGCUGCCGCUGUCAGACCCACACCAACACGGUGUGCAGAAAGAUCUCCUCCUCCAGCGGCACGCCUUUCCCCAAGGCGCUGGAUAAGCCGGUAUGACCCUCCUGGGGAGGACAAGCAGACAAUUCCUCCCGAUCCUCUCCCCUUCAUCCCCAUUCUCCUCUGGCUGCCCCUGCUCUGCAGCGCUCCCUUGCCCCCUGCCUUCCUCCAAGGAAUGAGACUCAGGGUCCCUGGGCCAUGGCUCUUCCCAUGGUAGGAGGAGCUGGGGUCAUGCAUCCCAAGCUAGAGUCCUCCAGGAGCCUGGACCUGUUCUCUCCUUCCAGCACUUUUCAGGGGUGGUCUCCAUUUUCUCCCACUGCCUAUAUCCCUCAUCCUCCAGGUGCUGCAGGGUCCCACCAAGCAGCAGCAGCCUCCCUGCCUGCUUGGAAGCCAUCAAGAGAUGCCAGUCAGAAGGCAUCUCAUUUCUCCUGCCUCCAAGAGGAAGGGAAAUUGUGGGAAGAUUUCAAACCUUUCAGCUGCUGCCCAGCUGCAGUGAGGGGAAGGUUCCCCUGGGAUGUGAUGGAGAGCAGGAUGCUGGUUUGGAACAAUUAUUACUUUCUUUAUGCCUGAAGGUGAAGGGUCUUCCUCCAAAGUGCAAACCAUGAUGGGAUGGGAGAGAAGAUGAUAUUAUCACCCAUCUCCAUCCCACCACUGAGCAGAUGCAGCUCCCUUUCUAUACUUCCAGGCUUGUCCUCGAGGUUAGGGUGAAAUAGCCAUGGGGACAGAGCUUUGUCCCAACACCCUGUUCCCUAGAUCUGCCUUCUGCCUGUCUGGUACCUUCCACCAGCACUGAAAUCACUUUAAAAAAGUCCCCAAACCCAACUAUCGACAGCCAGCUCUUCUCUCCCCGCUGCUUAGCACUGAUCCAAGGUGGGGGUCCUGUUUUGGCUUGGGGAAAACAGAGCAUUGAAGGGAGUUUCCGCAGAUGGGACCCCAACCUUCCUUCCCUGCAGAAAUUGCCUUUGAGCCCUCAUCUUGCUUUCCUUGGCCAUCAGUAUGCCACAGCACUGUCACUGCUGAGAGUAUUCUGUAACAGUGGGAUGGGGCUGAAUGGAGCCGUUGGGCUGAGCCAUCUGCAGACCAUGAUAUGGGGGCAGUGCUUCAUGGUUUAUGUGCUGUGAUGCUAAAAAGCCAAACCCAUUGCUGCAGCUGUGGGUAGAUUCUUCCAGACCUGGGCUCAGCCCCAUCUCUGCUUGCCACUGGUGGGUCAGGGGAGCCUGGGGCUGGGAUUAUGUCCCAAGGCUGUCACUCCUCUGAGACACAAGUGUGUGCAGAGGGAAGUAAAUGAUUCCCCUGGAUAAAUAUAUGCAAAGUCUCCCUUGGCUUCCUCCAAGACUCUGCUGUCCAGGGCUUGCCCAUUGCAUUCACUCAGCCACUUCUUUCCGUAGAGUCCUGUGGAUCUAUUUUUGUAUAUAUAAAUAUAACGUUAGGAUGGCUAGGACUAUUACUAAUAAUAUCCAUGAUACUGCUGUGAAUGGUGCCAGAUGCAAGGUUUGGCUUCCUGGUACACUUCCACAUUCUGGAAGAUGAUUUCCUGAUCUGUUUAUCGCUAAUCCUAGACCUUGAGUUCCUAGGUAGUCGGGUGAGGGGGAGAGGGAGGUAUAGAGGUUGCAGAGAGGGAGUAGGAUUUAGUGCUGGCUGUGGGAUGAGCCAGGAGGUAGCAUUUCUUGAUGGGAUUCAUCUUCCCAUACAUUUGCUAUCUAAAAAUCACAGCUGAUCCAAGCUCCCUCUGUUGCAGGGGAAAAAAAAAAAGGAAAAAAAAAAAAGCAGUUCCAGGGAGUGAUU